AUGAAAGUAGAUAAGAAGGAAAUGAGUCCAGAGCAAAUAAGAGCUAUAGCUUUGGAAACAACUGAGCAACGUUUUCCGGCAAUGGAAUGGAUGCAUGUAUACACGAAUGGCUCUCUGACCGAUAGGAUCCAAGAGACUGGAACUGGAGGUUUUAGCAAGCUUUUCAGUUUUUAUAUACCUGUAGGGGCUUACUCCACGCACUUUGACGGAGAACUGAAAGCCAUUCAUGUGGAUCUCCAACAAUUAUCAUUGAGACAGAGCUCGUUCAGGAGGGCUGUUGUACUGUCUGAUUCGACUUCAGCAAUACAGGCCAUCUCUUCCCGAGAGUGUAAGAACAUAUGUGUUCAACAGUGCCAGAAAGUCAUAAAAAAACUUUCCCACAAGAUAUCUUUUCAAUGGGUACCUUCAGACUGCGGUAUUUAUGGGAAUGAGAUCGCUGAUAUGCUUGGGAAAAAGGGGGCUACAGUUCUCCAAAAUCCAAAAACGAGUGCAAGCCUUCAUUCUAUUAAGCUUCUAACAUCACUAACACAUCAAAAGACUUUGUAA